GGGGGGGGGAAGACAUUAAAAUGGUCCCUGACGUGUACAGUAUAAAGUUGCUUGCAUAAAUAUGUAACCUGUGUUUCAUACGUAUUAAAUCUUCACACAAACCUGUAAAGAGCCAUAGCUGCAGAAAAUCAGCACAAGCAUCCCGUGGGAAGCCUGAGCGCAGGGUUAAAGGUCAACACCGCGUCAGAGGGUCCGCCCCCCCCCCAGCUUUCACUGCCCGCUGCACAAUCCUCUUCCUGCAGCUGAAUGCAGCUCAGUCUCGCACCGCAGGAGGAAGUGCUGCUGGCUUUCUUUUCCUCUUUCUCCCUCGUUUCCUUGCCCUGAACCCUGGGCUGCUCUCAGUCGCUGGUUUUCUCCUGCUGUGCUGGAUUGAACACGUGAAGGAGCAGCAGAAGAAGCCGCUGGAGGAGGACAGACCCCGUCUAGACCUCCUUCUCCAGAGUCAUGGACAGCGACUUUCUCCCUCCUCCUCCGACCUUCAGCCCGGCCGUGCCUCCCUUCGUCAAGCUGGGGCUGACGGUGGCCUACACCAUCUUCUACUCGCUGCUGUUUGUGUUCGUGUACGUGCAGCUGUGGCUGGUGCUGAGAUACAGACACAAGCGCUUCAGCUACCAGACGGUGUUUCUGUUCUUGUGUCUGCUGUGGGCGGCUCUGCGAGCGCUGCUCUUCUCCUUUUAUUUCAGAGACUGCGUGACCGCAAACACACUCGGACCCUUGUCUUUCUGGCUGCUCUACUGUUUCCCCGUCUGCCUGCAGUUCUUCACCCUCAGCCUCAUGAAUCUGUACUUCGCACAGGUCAUUUUCAAGGCGAAGUCUAAAUAUUCACCAGAACUUCAGAAGUACAGGCUGCCGCUGUACCUGCUCUUCCUGUGCAUCAGCUUCCUCUUCCUGCUGGUGAACCUGACCUGUGCUCUGCUGGUGAAGAUGCAGACCAAGGCCGACACAGAGACUGUAGUGCUGGUGCGUGUGGCCAUCAACGACACGCUGUUCGUCCUCUGCGCCGUCUCACUCGCACUGUGUCUCUAUAAGAUCGCCAAGAUGUCUCUGGCCAACAUCUACCUGGAGUCCAAGGGAACAUCCGUGUGUCAGGUGACUCUGAUCGGAGCGACGGUGAUCCUGCUGUACUCGUCCCGUGCGUGUUAUAACCUCGUGGUGCUGGCACUGGCAAAAGUCAAGAGCAUCCACUCAUUUGACUACGACUGGUACAACGUAUCAGACCAAGCAGAUCUGAAGUCGAUGUUGGGCGACGCUGGAUAUGUGGUUUUUGGGGUGAUCCUGUUUGUUUGGGAGCUGCUGCCCACUUCACUAGUGGUCUUCAUUUUCAGAGUCCGAAAGCCGGCUCAGGAUCGAAGUGUGUCAGUGAUCCCCGGCCACAUGUUCUCAUCAAGAGCUUAUUUCUUUGACAACCCGCGGCGUUACGACAGCGAUGAUGAUCUCGCGUGGAGUAUCAUCCCACAAAACAUUCAAGCCAGUCUUACGCCGGACAGUUAUGAUUGGGGUUGUCGAAGCAACAGUUUCAACACAAACGCUGAAGGAGAAGAGUCCCAUCUAGCACCAGAGGAGUUGUAUCCCCACUAAAACAUUCCCAAUGAGGGGUGGUUUUAUUUUGCACAUUUCCUAUCACUGAUGGGUAAUAUUUCAUACCACUGAUGCCUUUACUGCUAUUUAUUACGUUAUUUAGAACAACAGUACAGCUUUGGAAGCAAAACUACCAAUCAUUUUCUCCAAAAAGAAAAAGAAACUAAUGUGCAAAAGUUUCUUUGUAUAAAUGUGAUUUCAAAUGCACUACUCAGAGAUCAAUCAGAUAAGUUUCGCUCACUCCCAUGAUGCAUUGCGAAUUAUUUGAUCGAGUCGACCUCCCUACGUUCUACAUAGUAGUACUUGUAUAUUUAAAUAUUUUUUGUGUGUUUGUAGUAAAUAUUUAUAUUUUGCAUUUAAAUUUUUUUAUUUAAAUAUAAAUCUACAAAUUCAGCACUUAAAAUCAAUGACUGUACAACUUAUUCAAAUUAUUUGCAAUGACUCAUUAAAUAAAAUUAAUUCACAUUUCUUGGAAUUGAAAUACUUGUGGAGAAAAUGAAUGGGAAAAAUAUUUCCAGAAUCAGUGCUACUGAAAAUGUGGCUGUUCAUUGUAGCGUUCAGUUCUUUCGACUUUUAGGCCAGUAGUUCCUAUUUCAGAUGAAUUACUCUAUACAAGCUAUUUUUCUGAGUUUGCACUGUCAGUUAUAUACAGAAGAAUAUAUAUGAAUUAAUAUAUUGAGUAUACUAGAUAAGUAUGAUAACUUUCCACUUUGUGAAAUGUAGAUUUUAUUGCCAUUUUUGUAUCGCUGCUCCAUAAACAAAUCAUUUUCUUCAUUCCAGUUCUGUUCAGAUUCGGGACACAAACCUGUUUAAAAAAGAUUGAUGAAGGAAAUAACUUCAUAUUCACUUGGCCUGAACUGUGAAAACAUUGUUGACACUCUCCUAUUGAACAUUUAGAUGAAAACACAAUAAAAAGUAUAUAUUUUUAAAUGUUGAGAGAUGAAUAAAGGGGUUCGGUUUGUUGACCAUUGUUUUUAUCAAUGCAUUUUUAGUGUUUGAUUGUACGGUUUGUAGCUUUUGCACUUUGUAAAACUUUGUUUUCUACAUUAAUAAAAGUUAAAUUCUCUAUAUUACAGACAUUGAGAUCACUUGUCUAGAGAUUGAAUGAAACCUAUUGCAGAUUGACACAGACUGUUUAUCAUUGCAUCAGUGUCUCAUCAGUGGAUGCUCUGCAGUGAAUGGGUGCCGUCAAAAUGAGAGCAGAUAAAA